AUGCGUUUCGAUAUCGUCUCCCUCACGGCUGGCUUUGCCGCCACUGCCUCCGCUCAAUGCGUUGGCAACUACUUCAGCUUCUACAACCGCGCCGGCAAUGCCAUGAGCUACCAGCGCCUCGACCCCGGUCUGUUCCCCGGAACCGAGAGCCCCCAUCUCCAUUCCUUCGACGGAGGAAACGGACUCUCCAAGUCCAUGGGCUUUGCGGAUACCCAGGCCUCUGACUGCACCACUGCCCGUAUCAAGACCGACAAGUCCUUGUACUGGCGCCCAACCCUGUUCUUCACCAACGGAACCAAGCUCUACCGCGUACCCGAGCUAGCCACUAAGAUCUACUACAAGUACGGCGAUGGCAACAACUGGGCAAACGUCACUGCUUACCCAGAGGACUUCAACAUGAUCGCUGGUAGCCCGCUCAAGCGCUCCGACGGUGACAACCCCGCCGGUGUUCGCUGGGGCUGCCACGAGCCCGACGGUGGCUCCACAGCCAUCUUCGCCAACGGCUUCCCCAAGGGUUUCAGCACCUGCAAGUACGGCUUCGCUUCCGAAGUCACCUUCCCUUCGUGCUGGAACGGCGAGAAGAUGGAUCCCAAGAACCCCAACGCGCACAUGGCCUACCCCAACGGCAACGCUGGUGUCGGUAUCGAGAACUGCCCUAUGACCCAUAGGGCCGCGCGUUUCCCUACUCUCUUCAUUGAGUACUGGUGGGAUGUUACCAAGUUCACCUUUGGUCCUGAUGAGGCUCCCUGGGUCCUGUCCAACGGUGACCCAACUGGUUACGGGUUCCACGGUGACUUUAUGAACGGAUGGGAAGCCGGUGUCCUCGAAAAGGCCGUUAGCGAGAACGACGGAUGCAAGUGCGGUUGCGGCUGUGGACAAGAAGAGAUGGAGCAGUGCUUUGGCUCCGCGAACGUCAACAAGGAUAGCGACGAGUCUUGGAAGAGCUGCUCCGCUAUGGAGGCUUACGGUGGUGACGAUGGAAGCGUCCUUGACGCUCUUCCAGGAUGCAACCCCAUCCAGUCCGGCCCUGCUUCUGCUACCUCAGCAACUGGUGCAGGCUGCACUGCUGCCGCUGUCUCUGCCGGUAACAGCACCACUGCUUACUCCGCUAUCAUGACUCCCACUGGCGUCGCUGCCAUCUCUUCUGGAUACGCCGCUGCCUCUUCUGCUGCCUACUCUGCGGCCGUACCCAACGCAUCUUCUGCCGCUACCGCUCUCCCCCUGAGCUCAUACUCAGCAUACAGCGCUGUGCUUCCAGACAAGCAAAUCAACACAGCGACUGGCGGAUACAACGCCCCACAGCCUACCCCCAUGGUACCAUCUGAGGUUGCAGAUGCCACUACCUGCGCCAGCGCACCUAUCGUCACCGAGACGGUUAAGCAGACAGUUACUGUCACUGUUGAUGGCAACACCGCUAUGAGCACUGGCUCUUACGGUUCAUACUAA